AUGGAUUGCUUGUACAUGCGCUCGGAAUCGAGGAUGACGUUUGGAGAAGCUUUCGGUGCCUUGUCUUUCAGUGUAGAAUCUGUUGCGGCCACCCGAACGGUACCGCGAGGUAUUUACUGGACCGCAGCGUCGGUGCAGAGGUUUUGCCAGUCGUACUUGUUAGAAACGGAGCCAAGGCCGCCAGUCAAUUUCGACGAGAAUGCUUGUAGAGAGACAAGUGUAGGGCGUCUACAGUCAAAGAAACGUGGCUUGGGCACCUUGAACGAGACGCUUCGCGAUGUGCCGCCAACUGACCCCGCUGCCUUCGACGCCUGGAUCAUCUCUCUAUUUCAACGAGAGAGAGUCGACGACAAGGGCCAGCAUCCACAGUGGCUAUACGAGCGCGAACGCUCCCCGCGCCAUGUACCGCUCACCGACCCCGUGGGGUUCGAUGCAUGGAUUAUACUCAAAAACAAAGCCGACAAGACCCAUCAUCGUGACGCUGUUCGCGAUGAACACCCAAACAGCAUAUUCAUAGAUAUGUCAUCGAGCGGCCCAUCGGGUUCAACGCCAGCGAUGACAGGUCCCUCGUACCCUCAGCAGGAGCUCGCGUGGUGGAUCGUUCCUCCAGAGAUCUCUCCACUAUUCCACAACCCGAGACCCGUCAUUGCGACUACAUCACCAAGCUGGCUCAGCAGCAACGGAGAGGCACCCCUUAUCUUCGUAUCGUGGUAG